UCACCCACAUUCUUGUCAGUUUUUUGMCAACUUUGCAGCCUGGCAGAGCUAGUAACAGAACAAACCUGCAAAAUUCCCUUUGAUCCUUAUACCGGUGCUUUUUUUUUGCAUGAAAAGGGGCUAACAUGUACUUUCUAAUCUCUGUCCCACAGGAAUUGAAAAACAUGUAACAACAUAUAUAACAUUUAUAACCUUUCACCCAAUACAACACUGUUUCUAGCCUAGCAUUGCACUGCUUUGCUUUCAAUUUGCUUUGUCACUUAUUUAUUGGUUUGAGGCAAGAUCAAGUGGGAGAAUCAAGUCUAAUACUAAUAUAAGUAGUACURAUGCCCUAAGUGCUAUCUGAAAGAUGAAUGUGAAUCUCCCAGGUCAUWCUUACUCAUAUAACAGCUCUUUCUCCAAGAGAAUGUCCUAACAGUCAUGUAUGUUUGCAGGAAAUGAUCCUUACUUGUCUGAAUUCACAACAGAGAGCAAAGGACCARGUUUCUUAAAGGACUUGCACACACCAAAAACAUCUUACUAGAAACACAUCUCGAAACAGCAGGACUCCCUUUUCGUGGCAGAGAAGAGACUGACUGUCACUGAAUCAUUUCUCUUUCCUUUCAAGUGGUCAGCUGCUUCCAGGGUCCCUUCAGGCUCUGCUUCCCAAAUGGGAAGGAAUAUAGGAAAAGUGUCAUGAAGUAAGUCCUUUAUUCUGUCCCUAUAGAACCCCAAGAUAAAUGCCUUCAGCCUGUCUCAGUAGUGAAACAUGACCCAGAAUACCCAUGCAUUCAGGUCCAAUCCUGCCAUGCCCUCCUUCACCUCAUACAAGGACUUCAUGUCCCCAUGGACAAGCCUCUGAAGUACUUCCUGAUGUGUCUUGGGAAUAAAGGCCUGGAAGGCCAAGGAGGAACAAGACCAUGCCAACAUGCACACAAACUGUUUCACAGGCCUUUAAAGUCAAUAGAAGUGUGAGUGACCUUUUACCUCUCCUUCAACUAUUUUAAACAUGAUUGCAAAGACAACAGAGUUGAUGUCCUGUCAGCAGUGCCAGAUCAUUAUUGAAUGGAAAUGGCCACAACAGUGAGAGGUUGUAAAAAUGGAAGUGGUCUCAAUAUCAGUUGGCAAGUUUACAGUUGAUCUUUUCAACAAGCUGAAUGAGACCAACAAAGGAAAAAACAUUUUCUUUUCCCCUUGGAGCAUAUCAGCUGCUCUGGCUCUGACAUACCUGGGAGCAAAAGGGACUACAGCAACUGAGAUGGCAGAGGUCCUUCAUUUCACUCAAGGAGCAAGAGCUGAAUCCUCUUCUUCUGUCUCCAGASCUUCUCGAGGGAGACCAAAGAGAAGAAAAUUGGAUCCUGAGAAUAAGCAAGCUGCAGAUAUCCAUUCCGGCUUCAAGAAGCUUCUGACUGCUAUAAACAAACCCAGAAGCACCUACUCGCUGAGAAGUGCCAACCGCAUUUACAUGGAAAAAACUUUCCUGUUAUUGCCUACAUACAUACAGCUCAGUAAGAACUACUACAAAGCAGAACCAAAGAAGGUUAACUUUAAGACAGCACCAGAACAGUCUGGAAAGGAAAUCAACGCUUGGGUUGAAAAACAAACUGAGGGCAAAAUCAAGAACUUGCUGAAUCCASAAGAUCUGACAAACUCCACCAAGCUGAUCCUGAUAAAUGCCAUUUACUUCAAGGCAGAAUGGGAAACAAAAUUUAAGGCARAAGACACAGGGUUGCAACCCUUCCGACUGAGCAAGAACAAGACCAAGCCUGUAAAGAUGAUGCACAUGAGAAAUACAUUUCCAGUUCUCAUCAUGGAAACAAUGAAUUUCAAAAUGAUUGAGUUGCCAUAUGUGAAACGCGAACUCAGUAUGUUCAUCCUCCUUCCCGAUGACAUCAAGGACAACUCUACRGGUCUCGAACAGCUGGAAAAAGAACUUACGUAUGAGAAGCUGUCUGAAUGGACUGAUUCCAAGAAGAUGACUGAAACUUUUGUGGAUCUUUACCUACCUAAAUUCAAAAUGGAAGAGARAUAUGACCUCAGUGAUAAUCUGAUCAGGAUGGGAAUGCGCAGUGCCUUCAGCAGCAAUGCUGAUUUUAGUGCAAUGGCUGAGAAGGGUAAUGUGUUCAUCUCCAAAGUUUUUCACAAGUCUUUUGUUGCAGUUGAUGAGAAGGGCACUGAGGCAGCUGCUGCUACUGCUGUCAUUGUAGAACUAACAAGUGCACAUGUUAGCCAUCCUCUGAAAUUUAAGGUUGACCAUCCUUUCUGCUUCUUCAUUAGACACAACAAAUCCAAGAGCAUCCUCUUUUUUGGUAGAUUCUGCUCUCCUCUAGAAUGAAUUAUCACUUGCUCUCAUACAGCAACCAAAGUUCCCUGUUCAAUGGAGAAAUGUGAACUGCAGUGCUAGAAUCUSAACCUUAAGCCAUGUACUGAAAGUGCCUAUUCUUUCCCUUCUACCCCAAGCCCCUCAAAGAAGGCAGCAUCCAGAAACCAUCCUGAACAACCAAAGAACACUCUUCUACUGCUCCUUUCCUAACAAGACAGCCUUAAACAGAGAAGAGAGUGCAGAAUUUUGCUCCCUUGUAUCAAAUCUGCUCUUCAGGCUUUGUUGUCAGAGAAUAAGGUAGAGUCACAAAAGCUSUCUGCACACAGGCCAUCAUCUAGCCCUAUAUGUCAAAUGCUGACUUCAAGGGAAGUGCAAUUCAUUCUCUUGACUCUCCCAGAGAGGAAAAGAGACCCUGAAAAAAAACCAAAAAAACUUGUAGAAAUCUGUAUACUCUCUUUUUCUCCCUUUUCCUCACUGGGAAACAUGCAUUUUCACUGCAAUGUUAUUUCAUAACCUAAUUUCAUUUUUGGGACUGUUGACAAAAUUUAAUGCAAUUCCAGCAUAAUCUCAGAAUGCCCCUUACCAUCCCUUGUCUCACCACAUGUAUAUAGACACAUCAGACUCAUUCUCUCCUGCUCUUUCAGCUUCCUGAAAAAGUAAGGCUGAGAGAGAAAAUUGUUGAACCCUUAAUAUUAAAUUGCUGACUUCCAGUCACAUCACAUUUUUCCUCAUUUUUCUAAACUUURUAGUUUAAAGUUGAUGAGACUUCCAACCAGCAAAAAUGCUAGGAGAACGAUGAGUAACAUGCCUUCUUGACAUCUUUUAUUGAUAUGUAAUCUAAACCUGUUAGAGUUUGAAUCUGCUUCCUCUUUUAAAUUUUACUUAAUUAUACCUGUUUCCUGGCUAAUACCUGCAAAGCUUCCUUGCCAUCUGUAAUAUUGACCAAUGCUUGAUUUGUACCUUAUGAGUGCAUCUCACCAAAGAUACUAGUGGUAUUGAUAGAAUCAUCAGUGAAAUUUUGAUUUUGAUUGAUGCUUUACUUUUGAUUUYACCAUG